CGGUUUUUAUCAGUAUCACUUAACUCGGGUAACCUUUCCUUUAAUCAUGAAAUUCGCAAUAGUUCUUCUUGGUUUGGUCUCCUUGGCUUUCUCGGCUCCUCAGCCGAGGAAGGUCUUCCACGAAAAUGUGGAGGAUUUCCUGAACCUCAUCAAUGACGUCGCCGGAGAAGAGUUAUUUGAACUCAUGGAGCAUUACGCAGAGUUUGAAGAAUUUUGGGUUUCCAUAAAUUACUUGACGACUGCCGACUUCAAGAACCUCGUUUAUGAAAUGGAAUCGUUGCCCGAGUUUAAAGCUGUGAUCGAUUUCUUGGAGAAGGAUAACAUCGAUAUUAUGUACUUCAUCGACCGCUUCAACUUUAUCUUAGAGGAAGCAACAGGACCACAAGGCUUCAAGAAAUCCCGCCACCAGCUCAGCGGCCGCGACUUCAACUCCUUCAUAAACGACUGCGUCGCCGCUUUACCGAAGGACCAACUGGCCGCCUUGUUUGACCAAAAACUGGCCGAAGAUGAAGAAUUCAGAGUAGCCAUAGAGAAUCUGUACAGCGAGGAGUGGGCACAGAUUUACGAUGCCCUAUGGAAGAGCGAACAGUUCCAAGUUGAAAUUAGAACACUCGCUGAGCAUGGCAUCGAAAUUAACGUAUUACUCAACGAGUUGUUCGCUGUUUUCGGCCAGAAUUAAUUUGUUUUAAAAGUCAUUAAAUGAAAUUGUAAAUAAAUAAAUGUUUUUUUUUAAUGUA